GAGAGCACAAGCGGAGAGAGAAAACAAAGGGUUACAAGUGAGCAGGCUGCGUCUGCGCGCAGGUGGAGCAGGGGGGCCACAGGGUCUACAAGACGGCUCUGAUGCAAUCACGCAAGUCACCGCGUCAAAGCGUGGAUCUGGGAAUGCGGCAUUCCGCAUCUCACUGCGGCUAAUCCUGCAGGCAGCCUCCGCCAUCAACUUGUCUCAACUGCGUAGCAAUCUCCCGGCAAUCCCCGACCACCGCGGCAAUUCCAGAGUGCAGGGGCUAUGAAGCCGGCAGGCAGCCGCAGCGGUUGGGGCUGGAGUGGCAGCAAAGGAAGCGGCAAAGGAGGCGGCAAGGGAGGUGAUGGGGGCUCGGGGUCCAAAGGCGGCUACGGAUCACGCUCCCGCGGCUAUAGUGGCGGUGGUGGCAGAGGUCGGGGACGCAGCGGCGGACGCGGCGACAGUAGGGACCGCGGCGGCAAUAGCCAUCAUCGCCGUGGCCCGGGCAGGAACAAGAACCGCCGCAGAAAGGGUAUCACCGUGUCGGUGGAGCCGCAUCGGCACGAGGGCGUGUUUAUCUACCGCGGAGCGGAGGAUGCGCUGGUCACGCUUAACUUGGUACCCGGAGUCUCCGUGUAUGGUGAGAAGCGCGUCACCAUAAUUGAGAACGGUGAGAAGAUAGAGUACCGAACAUGGAACCCCUUCCGUUCCAAACUGGCGGCUGCCAUCCUGGGCGGCGUGGACAAGAUCCACAUCAAGCCCAGAUCUAGAGUGCUGUACUUGGGCGCAGCCUCGGGAACCACGGUCUCCCAUGUUUCUGACAUCAUCGGCCCCGACGGCCUGGUCUAUGCGGUUGAAUUCUCCCAUCGCGCUGGCCGCGAUCUGGUCAAUGUGGCUAAGAAGCGCACCAACAUUAUCCCGGUACUGGAAGAUGCCCGGCACCCACUCAAGUAUCGCAUGCUCAUUGGUAUGGUGGAUGUCAUCUUUGCCGACGUGGCCCAGCCAGACCAGUCCCGCAUCGUGGCGCUGAACGCCCACACCUUUCUGCGCAACGGAGGCCAUUUUCUGAUUUCCAUCAAGGCCAACUGCAUCGACUCCACAGCGUCUGCUGAGGCCGUGUUUGCGUCAGAGGUGAAGAAGCUGCAACAGGAGAAUCUGAAGCCGCAGGAGCAGCUGACUCUGGAGCCCUACGAAAGGGAUCACGCCGUGGUCGUCGGAGUCUACCGGCCCUCUUCCAGGAGCAGCAGCAAGUAGUAGCAGCAAGUAGCAGCAGCAGCAGCAGCAGCAGCAGCAGCAGCCCCAGCCAGGGAAGGUGCCCCCAUACUGCCAUGAGACUGUGUUGUGUCUUUGUGCCUGUCCUAUUGUGUUGCUUCUCUGUUAAAUGAAAUAAACAACUCGCAAGUGAAGCCCGAGUGGGUUUUGCAGUGGCUCC